GGUUGACGGUUGGCGCGCGCGCGCGAAAUUCGUACCUGCAUCGAUAUGCCACGACUCCACGAGCUCAUCCCAAGCCCAAGCCCAUGAUAUUGAUCGCUCCUGAGGUUUCGCAUCGCGGAGCUAAAUACAAGUCAUAAUUGAAUUAACUACUGAAAAAUGAGUGUUAAAAACCCGCCAAACAUGUCCCAGCGCGAGAAAUUCGAGUUAAUCAAUUCGGAAGUGCGUUCUUUUUAUGAAUAUUGCAAGGAGGCUGGUAUGAGUGACGAGGAAAUGGAUUUGAUUUGUCGCCCUUUGACGAGCGCUGUACGCAAAGCGACUAUUAAGAGAUGGACUCGAGGAUUGCUUCUCAUUGUGAUGAUUAUGGCUAUUGGUUAUACUGUGAGUCAAACGGAUACGUUCCAAUGGCACGCGACGGCAAUCACGAGGAUUGCUUUGAUCAAGUUAUUGCCUAUUUGGGACUGGACUCCGUUGUAUUACAACAAGUGCUUGAUUGAACGGUCCCAGCCACAGAACUUGGAUAACGAUUUGGUUUCGCCCACGGAUUGUAUUACUUGCGAGGCUAUCAAAACCAUUGCCCGUUUAUCAGACACAAAUUACAACGAAGUUUUCAACCACCACCUCCUGAGAGGCGCUCCAGUGAUCGUCACGGACGCUUACUACGACUGGUCGGUCUCCGAACUCAAUCUAACCAACAUAAUAUCAAACGACAACAGGUUACGCGACUCCGUACCUUGUCGUACCCUCACGAACCUAAGAUUAGGCAAGCAGCCGAUGGAUUUAGAAGAAAUCGUAUCUCGAAUAACCAAUACGGACAUCCCUAGCUGGUUCGUCCAUUUCCAAAACUGUGAUAUCCGAGCGGUCAAAUCAUUUAGAAUCCUAGCUCCUAGACCCUACUUCCUAUCCCCACAUAUACCCCCAUCUCAUUUCAACUGGUUACUGCUAUCUAAAAACUAUGACACUCAUAGAUUUAAGUAUUUGGAACUAGAUAUAGGAUUAAUCAUAAUGUCUCAGCUAAAAGGUAAGACGUAUCUUCAAUUGAAACCUAGGUCUCCAUGUGAAGAUGUUUGUUACACUUUGGAUGUCCAGCUGAAUGAAGGGGAGACGCUGGUUUUGGGGAACUCCUUGUGGGAGAUGGAGUAUUUACCAGCGAGUGGUGAUAACGCGGCUAUGAUCACUGAAACUGACUGGGUUGAGUCAUAAUACAUGUUUAAUUGAGUGAAUAUUGGAAUUUAGUGAGUUAAGAUUGCAUUUUAUUGUAACUCUAAGGGUAUAUUUAAAUUAUGACUUAUAUGCAUUAGGCACAUAAUUGUGUCCGGCCAAAAAAUAUGUACAAUGCAUUUGAACUAAGAAGGGCGCCGCCAUAAUAUUCUUUUAAGUAUAUGGAAUUAGUAUGGAUUGUCAACAUUGCCGAAACGUACGGAAUAAUUUAACUACACGACAUAUUUUACCUAUAUGACCUGUCUUUAUC